AUGGAUCAACUAGGAGUUUCAAUCGAGGACAAGAAUUUGUGUGGGCAACUUGAGGAAGCUGAAACAAAUGUUGACCAAGAUACUAAUCAUGUUGGCUAUGUUCGUCAAGCUUUUGAAGGCGCAUCUCAAACUAUUUUUACUAACAUUCUAGAAAAUGGCUUGUUGAAGAAAUGUAUGAGAUAUGAUGAAGACAAAGCAUGCAUUUCUUCUUGA